AAGUCAGAUUUUUCUGAAGGCAGAUGAAAGAGAUGUAUACGAGUUCUUCUCAAGGGCUGGCAAGGUUUUUGGAGCAUUUGGUCCUGUAGAACUGGUUCAGUUACCUGUUGACGAAACUAACAACUGCAAAGGUUUUGGAUUUGUGCAGUUCUCACAUCUUGAAGAUGCUAGAAAUGCACUGAGUUUGAAUGGAAAAUUGGAGUUUGCAGGUCGACUAAUUAAGGUAAUGGCACUUUACUAUAUUGUUACAGACCAAGCUGGAAUGCAAGAUCUUGGAGCAAAUGCUAGUGAUUUUGAUGACAAUGAAGGUGGUGGCUUGUCAUUGAAUGCCCGUUCUCGGGCAAUUCUCAUGCAGAAAUUGGAUCGCAGUGGCUCUGGAUCAGGUAUUGCUGGUCCCCUAGGCACUCCCGCUGUCAAUAGCACCGGUGUUUCUUUACCAAUGGAACUACCAACGGCACCACUCCUGGGAGCUGCACCAGUGGUUUCUCCUCUUGUUCCUCCCAUCACCGUUGUUCCUGGUAUCGCUGGACUUGGUGUUGCUGGUCUUCAAAUUCCUACUGCUACUCUUCCUUCUAUAGAUACAAUUGGUGUUCCAAGCGAAUGUUUACUGUUGAAAAAUAUGUUUGAUCCGGCAGUUGAGACGGAACCAAACUUUGACUUGGACAUUAAAGAAGAUGUUCAGGAGGAGUGUUCAAAAUACGGGAAUUUGAGGCAUAUCUUUGUAGACAAGAAUACCGCUGGUCAUGUGUACUUACGAUUCGAGAACACACAAGCCGCGAUAAAUGCUCGGCAUGUUCUCCAUGGAAGAAGGUUUGCCGGAAAGAUGAUUGAGGCAACAUUCAUGUUGCCCCAGAACUAUGACGCUAAAUUCCCGGAAAGCAGAUAG